GGGAGUAGAAGCGACAGUGAUUGUGACCGUGGGGGCAAGUGGACUAUAAUGGAGAGGAAGCCACAGACAGACAGAACCUCUCUGGGGUCAUGAGACAUCUCUUCCUUUCAUUUCUAUUUAACUUGACCACCUGGAGUUCAGCCCCAUCCUGCCUUCAUCUAUGCUCGCAGGACCAUGGGUAGUGUCAGCAGCGUCAUUAAUGGCAACAGCCUCAACAGCAAACACUGCAAGGCUUCUGAGUACAGGUUAAAGGAAGGAACAAACCAUCACAGAAAGAGUGGAGGUUGCAGCCUUGACGGGAUACUGAAGUGCGGCUUCACUCAGAGCUCCACUCAUCCCACUAAGGGCCUCUCCCACUCACGGUCGGGAAGGAGUGAAGAUUUUUUUUACAUCAAGGUGGGCCACAAACCGAGGUCAACAUACCACAGAGAGCGAUCGAUGGAGGAGCAGCUGAACAGAGAUGGGGAAUCAGAUGGGCGACUGCAACCAAAACUGCUGCUCAUGUCGGGAAAAAUGAAGGACAGGACAGCACAUGGAGGAGAGAUGUGGGAUGCAGAGGGGAGGAGAAGAGGACAGAAAGAAGGGGAGACCUCUGCUGAGAAGUCAUUGGUCCGUUCCACUGCCUUCAAGCCUGUGAAUCCCACAAGGACUUCGUCCGCAGAGACGGGCCACAACAGCCUGGACCACAUCCUUUAUCCUCUGAAGAGAGCAAGCAGUCCAAAUAUUAGACACAAGCAAGACACCUUGGGGACUCUCUCCGACUCCGGGCGUAACUCUAUGUCUAGCCUGCCCACCCACAGCACCAGCGGCAGCCUAAGUGCUUCCACAGGCCCUGUCAGUCACAGCGAUGGCAGCUCAGCUCUCGCAAACAGCCUCAGCAAGGGAGCACAAUCCAAUUUCCCUCCAUGGGUCAACGGGAAUAGCACUAACCUUGACUGUAGUUACAGGGCUGGUUUAAACAGCAGCGGGUUGGCGUCUAAGGCUAAUGAGGAUGCUGGCUCCCCGUUCUCUGCGGAUGAGCCAAGCUCUCUCUCGGAAACUGCAGGUGGGAUUCGGUCCCCCAUUACUACAGAUGAGUCACUGAUUGAACGUCUGGAACAAAGGCUGCUGGAGAGAGAAACUGAACUGCAGGAGCUACAGGUGAGUUUUGAGGAGAAGGAGGCAGACACCUGCCAGCUGUUUGAUGAAAGACAAAGGUAUUGUGCUGAGGAGAUGGAAGGACUGAAGCAGCGAUGCUCCACAAAGCUACGACAAGUAUCUCAAAUGGCCGCAAAAACGCAUCAAGCACUCCAGCUGCAGGUCACCCAGCUCCAGGCAGAGAAGGAAAGGCUUCAGGAAGACGUCUUCAAGUUGACUCAAGAGAAAGACCUUGUCGGGCUCAGACUGAGAUCUUAUGAGACAGAGAGCACACAGCUGGCUCCGACGCUCGAGGAAACUCAGUGGGAGGUGUGCCAGAAGACGGGCGAGAUCUCACUGUUGAAGCAGCAGCUGAGAGACUGCCAAGCAGAUGUCAGCCACAAGCUAAAUGAAAUAGUCAGCCUCAGGGCGUCACUAAAGGAAAACACCGCAAAAAUGGAGCUGCUGGAGAAACAGAAUAAAGACCACGAGGACAAGCUCCACUCCCGCUCCAUAGAGGUUGAGGUGUGCCAAAAUGAACUCCAGCGCAAAAAGAAUGAGGCUGAUUUUCUGAGAGAAAAAGUGGGCAAGCUGGAGAAAGACAUUCAGGGAAUGAAGCAGGACGUGGCCGCGGCCAAAGAGCAGAGGCUGCAGCACAGUUUGCAACAUAAUGCCUCUUCCCCGACUCAGGCCUUGGAAAGACUCACCCAAGGUCCAGACUCCCCAGGCCAGGGCCAGACGGAGGAGAACAGGGAACACAUCCCCACAGAAUCACUCCAAAGGCAAGUGGAGAGACUAAAGCAGCAGCUCAGGGAGGAGAAGAACGCUCAGGAGAAGCUGGCCAGCAGCUUCGAGCAGGAGAGGCAGACGUGGAACAAGGAGAAAGACAGGGUCAUCAAGUACCAGAAGCAGCUCCAGAUCAACUACCUGCAGAUGCACAAGAAGAACCAGGACCUGGAGCGGAUCCUGAAGGAGCUGACGGCCGAACUGGAAAGCCGAACGGAGCUCGGCAUGGACAUGACCUACAGCUCAGGGUUACAGACUUAUGACGAUGUCAUUGCCACAGAGAUUUGAACGGGGCACUCACUCGCAUGCUUUUGCAAAAAAAGUGAUCUUGUCUAUUUUUUCACCGCAGAUAAUUAUCUGUCUUCACAUACAGCAUCACAGCAACAGGAGCUCGUUCACUGUUUUACAAGGGUUAUUUAAUAGAAUAUGCGUAUUGUAGAGGUUUUUGUGUCCAGGCAACAAAAACAGUACUAAUAAAAAUAGCUUCUGGUGAUGGCACUGUUACUAUCUAUUUUAAAGUAAGUUAUUUAAUGUUCAAGUGACAUUUUUUUUAAUAUAUAUAUAUAUAAACCAUGCUGUCUAACAGAAUCACUUAUUAUUCAAAUCGUCCACAAUGUUGUAAUUUAAACACCCUUUAUUAUUUGAUAAUUGAUACAGACCAGACAACAGCUGAUUUAUUCGUUUCAUGAUUAAUGUCUGAUGGUAACACAUGAUAAGCAUGAUAGCGGCUUAGCAUCUGUCUCUUCCAGCACGACAAAAUGACAGUGAUCUAUAUCAUCUAUUGUGAGUGUGGUUUCCUAAAUCGUGGCCACUGUAUGCUCCCACACUGUCUUUCUUUAAAGGUUUUGAGCAUGGAAAUGAGUUUUAAACAUUUCAUUGGUCAUUUGAAAACAAAUCGUUACCCACCUCGAAACACACACUGAAAUCUGUUUAAGCUAUCACGCAUUUUCACCCUUAUAAGUAUAAUAUGCAAACAGACAAACAGUGAAGCUGAUAUAUUUUAUUAAAAUGUCAGUAUAUUUUUGUCACUCUUAAGAUCUUGUGAAAUUGAAGCUAUGUUAACAAGAAUAUUUUCGUGAUUACUGAAUUUAUCUUGCAAGGCUUUUGCCAAUGAAAGUGCCGUAUGAAGUCUUAAUUUCACUGAUACAGCAACAUCACUCCACAUAUAUUUUUAAUAGAUUUGUCUACAUUUGUUUACGAUGGUCAGUUCUGCAAAUGCAAGCAGGGAUUUACAUUUUUUGAAUCAGUGGACUGUGAGUGGUUUGUAUUGAAGCAAACUUUAUGUCUGAACAUUUGACGUUGGAACACAGAAAAUGCCAUGUUAACUCCUACUAGGUUCAGAAAUAAAAAAUAAUGCAGCUGUAGAGAACACUUCAGAGACCAAGGGCAAAUGUCGAGAUGCACUUUGUGUUCCAUGAGUGUUUAGAGGGAGAGAGAUUAAAGGGGGCUGGAUGGUAUACAAUAAAAGCAAAUAUUUUUGGAGAAAAAAACAAAGGGAAAAAGGGUAAUCAUCCAGGAGCGUCUAUCUCUCUCCCUACACUGUUCAUUCAACUUUGCGAGAGUUGGCUGGCACAGCUCCACUUGGAGACAAACAAUCCUUCCUACCAGCAGCCCCGGCCAUUUGGCUCCACUAUUUUGGAGCUAUUCCACUUUCCACAAGAGAAAAGUAGUUUGGGAAGCGAAAGUUUAACUACUCCACCUACUCAAUACUCAGGGGCUCACAUAGAUAGACAGUCAGGCAGAGGUACAUGCAGAUGCUGCGCUGGUCAAGAAUGUGCUGCAAUCUGUGUAACGAGGCUGCUUGAGAUUGCUCAGCUACCUGCCAUUAUGUUACAUUACCACAGCAGGUCAGGAGGACUUUGGAGGCAGACAGACUAAGUGGAAUCUAAGGUGAGGUACUGUAACCAGUGGCACUCAGGCUCAAGUGACUGAUAAGUGCUUGAAUCCCUUCCUCUGGGCCUUAGUGCAGAAAAGUGGUCAAAUAGCGAAGUAGCGAAAGGACAGUUGUAAUCACAGCUAUGGUACUAGUAAAAGAAAAAAUGCUUGAAAUAAAAUAUUUUAAAAAAUAAUAAUAAAAACUCAAACGUAGAGGAACUUGCAUACAUUGGGCAGAAACCCUCAGUGAAUCAGCCUGUGUGCUGAGAUAGAAUUGGAAAUGAGUGCCAACAAACAAACAAGGGUACAAACGCGUAGGUGAUUUGAAAAGCAACGAAUGUUUGUCAUUUGUGCAUCGCUGCACAACACUUUUGCUCAUUUACUCUGCUCUAUUCUGAAAUUCAGUUUAUGUAAAAGUGAAAUUUUCAUCUAUUCACUGAGGCGUUUUAUGUCCAAAAAAAAA